GAGAGAGAGAGACCUCUGCAAGUGGAAAUCCACGACCCAGCAGCCGCCUCCUCGUGCGAAAAUUAAGAUUUUUCUUGCAGCCCGCAAUCGAAGUCAUCCAACACGGGUACAAUCGCAGCCGUCCAUUUAGAUAUCCAUGGUCAUAUUUUCCGUCGAGAACUUUUGUGCCAGUUCUUUCAACCUCCGACGCCCCCAUCAGUUCACCCACGCAUCAGUUCCUCUUUGCUCCUCCUCGCUCCCUCCGCCUGAUCACCACCUUCCCUCGGUCGCCUUCGUUGGGAGCUGUGUUCGGACAAAAGGAAAACAAAAUAAAAGUAAAUCAGUGCUGCCGUGCUUCCCGAUGAGGAGGGGCGGCCUCAAUCCCGACCUCAGGCUGUCUCUCCCGAGCCACGAGGCCUCCAUUAGCCAGUUCCUGACUCAGAGUGGAACGUUCAAGGACGGGGAUCUUCUCGUGAAUAAGGACGGGCUUCGGAUCCUCUCUCACAGCGAAGAAGACGGGCAAUCUCUUAUAAAGCCGAUAGUUAAUCAGUUGAGUUUAGAUGAUGUAGACACGGUUAAAGUGAUCGGGAAAGGUAGCGGUGGAAUUGUGCAGCUGGUCCGCCACAAAUGGACGGGCCAAUUUUUUGCUCUCAAGGUUAUAGAACUGAACAUUCAAGACAGCGUACGCAAGCAAAUUGCUCAGGAACUCAGGAUAAGCCUGUCGACCCAGUGCCCAUGCGUCGUUGCAUGCUACCAGUGCUUCUACUACAAUGGUGUCAUCUCUAUAGUGUUGGAGUACAUGGAUGGAGGCUCCCUUGCUGAUUUUUUGAACAGCGUGAAAACCAUUCCAGAGCCGUAUCUUGCGGCAAUCUGUAAGCAGGUUCUUCAAGGAUUGAUCUAUUUGCACCAUGAAAAGCGCAUCAUACACCGAGACCUGAAGCCGUCAAACAUUCUGAUCAAUCACAGAGGGGAGGUUAAGAUAUCUGACUUUGGUGUCAGUGCUAUAAUCGCAAGCUCGUCUGGUCAACGAGAUACCUUUAUCGGCACUUACAAUUACAUGUCUCCAGAACGAAUAGCUUCACAGACACAUGGCUACAUAAGUGAUAUUUGGAGCUUUGGUCUGGUUGUGUUGGAAUGCGCUACGGGCCAGUUUCCUUAUCCACGUUGUGAUAGUUUCUACGAGCUUUUGGAUAUGAUAGUCGAACAGCCACCGCCCUGUGCUCCUCCAGAACACUUCUCCGAGGAGUUUUGCUCAUUCAUUUCUGAAUGUUUACAGAAAAAGCCCAAGGAUAGAAAAACUGCACGGCUGCUUCUGAAACAUCCCUUCCUGAGCAUGUACGAUGACCUGCAAGUGGAUCUUGCUUCUUACUUCACCAUGUCCGGAUUGCCGCUCAGCCAGUUUUUGAAGGAAUGAGCUGUACGUGGAGUUUCUUUCCUACUCGAAGGCUGCUGCUGCUUUGUUUUCUUUUGCCCAAUUUUUGGGGGUUGUUUCCGGUGUUGUUGCAUGACGUGAUGAAUGAGAAGAAGACACAAAAAAAGCGCAGCAUCCUUGACUUGGUGAAUCGUGUAGGGUUGAUCUUGCUUGAUGGUAUUUGUACAGGUCGGAUCUUUGGGAUGGAUGGCUCGAAGAUGAUCCUUUUUCGGAAACAAGAAUGAAAUUAAUGUUCGAGGAUCCAAAA